UUCAGUUCAGUUAUUGAAAGUCGGUACGUACGGUACGGGAAUGGUAACUCACAAAUUUCUUAAUUUAUUAUUACGAGAGCGAGUUAAAGGGAAAAAUAAAUAUUGAUUAAAGAAAACAAUAGGUAGUGUUAUGUUAGUGAUGAAAAAAAAAAGAAAUUUAAGCGAUUUUUGUGUACCUUAUUUUGUGGCGUAAGUUAAGUAAAAUUUCGUUUUAUCAAUUCACUCAUUUCAACAACAACAUAAUUAUUAUGUUUAUAUGUACAUCGUUCAUAUAAAAGGGGUUAAUACAUUUUCUAAGCGGGUCCAACGCUAAGCCAUUACCAUUUCUAUUGGUCUAUGAAGUAGUUUCCAAUAUUAGGAAUUCGCUAAAGUCUGUGAAGGUACUAUUACCACUCCUGUCUAUCAUCCUACUUACCAUCCUUGCUGCUCAAUAGGUACCCUGUAUUGUUUCUUCGACACAUGGAAACUUAUACUGAUGGAACUGUUUAUAAAGAUGAAGAAACUUUUGACCCUAUCCAUGAUAUAAUUGAUUACUUAGUAAGAUGUGCUCAAAUAUCUUUUAAAAAUGCUCAAAUUAACGAAAAUGAGGUCAGAACAGCUGAAAAAAUUAGAAUGGCGCAUCAGCUUUAUCAACGUUCACCUUUAGAUUUCCUGAUGCAAUUUGGAAAAUAUUUAUCACCACAACACAUCAGCUAUUUUGAAAGAUUAGAUCCUCCUGAAGAUUCUGUCAGAUUUCGAGAGUAUGUGUCAGAAUUAAAGGUAUACCACUCUGAGGAAUCUCGUCACAAGAGAAUUCGGAAUCGGAGAUUUAAAGCUUUGCAAAAGAUGCAAAGUGAAACAGACUAUUUUAGUGAAAAACAGAUGAUGUAUCGCAAUCCUUUACUGUAUGAACAACUAGUUGGACAAUAUUUAAGUGAUGAGGAAAUAAGAGAACGUGAUGGAGUUGAUAAUGAAAACCUAACAUUUCUGAGUAUGAUUUUAGAAACUGUGGAUAGAAAUGAAAUGAGGGAAACCAAAAAUGUUCAGAUGCUAGAAGAAAAUUACAAAGAACAAAGUGAGGAAGGCACAAAAACUAAUUUGACCAAAAAUAAUCAGGGGAAGUGGGGUGACUUUGAAAUUCCUGAUGUUAAACCAACUUACAUGCCAGAACCAAGAAAACAGGCUCUGAUAAGUGUUCCUGAGAGAAAUUUACUACGUCAAGAGUUUGUACAAGAAAUGUACAAUAGCUUUUUAGAUGGUAGUGAUGUGGAUUUUGACUACUCUAAUGUAGAUAAUAAUGAGCAGUAUGAUGAUUUAAAGCAAGUGUCUCAAGAUGCAGAAGAUCGGUACUUUGAUUCUGAGUCAAAUGAUGUUCAAAAUCUAGAAGAGCACAUGAAAUUAAUACAAGAAUAUGGCAGAAAAAAUUCCAAUAACUGUGACCCUAGCACUGAAGAUCCACUUGAUGAAUUCAUGAUUCAUAUUAUGAAUAAAUUGAAAAAUAAAUUCUACAUGGUGUUUUAAUAAAAUCCUUGUUUA